GACCUUUCCCAAAUUUCCCCACCUACCUCCCGAGCCCAAACCCCUCUAUUCGCACCUCCGUCCUCCCCGCGGUUUCUAGAUGACUCGAGAAGCGAUGCGGAAGAAGGCGAAGGCCGUGCCGGAGUGGCUGAACAGCCCGCUCUGGUCGACCCCGCCGCUCGCCUCGACCCUCGCCGACCCCUUCGGCACCGACUUCUCCCCGCCGCCUGCCCCGUCCCCCGAGCCGUCUCCUUCCGUUCCGCCGCCACCGAUGCGCGAGCAGGCGGUCGAUUCCCAUGCUGGCCGCGAGGGAGAGACACGAGAAGAGGACGGCGCCGGCGCUGCUCUCCGGGCGCACUUGCUUGCCGACUUCAAGGCCGCGCUGUCUAAGAAGGUGGUGAACAUGGGGGAGCUGCGGAGACUCGCUUGCCUUGGCGUGCCAGAUGGCGGCGGCACGGACGUACGACCGCUCGUGUGGAAGGUCCUCACUCAUCUCUGAUGCUGCUGCUGCUUCAUUUUUUCUCCCCAAUUUAUGGUGUUCAAAAUUUUGGUUGUUUGGAGCUGUUAUUUUUAGCAAAUUUGGAGGUUUAUGAGCCAAUUUCGAAAGGCAUAGAGUAAGAAAUGGAAAACCUUUACAAGGCUACCUAUGAAUCUUUAUUUAUCAGAGAUGCUUAGAAACGAAAGAUAACAACGACCUUAUUGUUAGUGUGUAUAGUUAGCCAAUAUUAGCCAGAAAAUUACAGUAUAUGAAAUCUAGGUUUGCCCUGCUUUACAGUUUAUAGUCCUAAGGUAAAUGGUUGGGGAUUGGUUGCUCCUGUGAACCAACUUUUAGUGGUUUUUGUUAAUUUCGCGUAAGAGGUGCGUCCUUAUUUAUAUUCUGUAAGGCGUACUAUUGUUCAGCUAUGCGGGAAGCUCAUUAAGAUCCUGAGAUUAUUAUGCAACUUAAUUCUGUAGUUGCAAUUCUGCAACGGAUGUGCACAGAACCCUUUGUGUUGUGAUCUACUUAGUUCCCUA